AUAAACAGUUCAUAAGAUAUUUGUGUAGUAGUCUAGCAAAAUAGUCGAGGAGAUGAAGUGUUAUUGGAUCCCCUUACUAUUUGCCGCGGUAGGGGCUCGAGCCGCGGAGGAUUCCAAUGGUAAUACUUGUAAUGCCAAUUACGCUCGGUUACUAGAACUUAACACGCAGGAGCAGACACUGAGGCUUGAGUUAGAGACACGGGUUCGAAGCCUACAGGACCAAGUUGAAAGUCUACAGUCAAGUGUUGACAGACUGACAGUUGAAAUGGUAAACAGUAAGAAACAAGUUGCUUUCUCAGGCAAGUUGAGCAGAAACAUACCGAGUUCAGAGGGCAAGAACGUCGCCAAUUUCGAUACCGUCAUUACCAACGUUGGAAACGCGUACAGUACUACCACGGGUGUCUUCACCUGUCCAGUCAGUGGGAUAUACCUGUUUGUAUGCAAUAUUGUUGGUGGUCCAACUGGUCAAACUCGGAUAAGAGUAUAUCAUAACGGGAAAGCGAUCGGACGCCCAUGGACCGGGAACGGAGUUCACGAACCAGGAGCAGACAGCACUGUGAUCCAUGCUGAAGCCGGAGACGAGGUGUAUGUCAAAGAUUUGAUAACAUGGUCAAUAAAUCUUGAUAACUUUUCGAAAUUUACCGGAGUUCUUAUCAAAGCUGACUAAUGACUUUAGAAAUAUAUUGAAAUGUCAGCCGUCACGUUAAAUUGUAUUUUGUUUCUUGUUUUGUCAAAUUUGUUUCCUGUUAUGUAAAUGAAUAUGAAACUACAGUUGAAACUCAUUAACUCAAGCUCGCUUACCUCGAAAUGCCACCUAUCUUGAAGAAUGUUACAAGUCCAGUCAAAAUACCUUCUUAAUGUUUGUAUUUUCACUCCGGUGAAGUCAAAUUCAACAUACUGACACUUCGAUUGUGUCGAAAAAAAUUAGAAGUUCCCUCAGUCAAAUUCCUACAUAUUUGCGUCACGGUAUGCCGAUGUGAAGAUUUUGAACAUAAAUAAAUGCGUGAUCAUGCGUUGCAAAUAAAACAAAGUUAAAAUUAUGAACAAAAUGCAUUUCAAAUUGUUACGUUCUCACAAAAUGCAUAUAAAAUGUAUAUGCCAUGUUUACAUGUUUACAUGUACACAUAUACAUGACAUGUAGACAUAUAUAUGAGGCGACGUGUCAUUUUAAGUCAAAUUUCGGUUGUCGCGAAAUAAAAUGUUCGGUACCUCGGAAUAUGAGUUAACAGCUUUAACAGUAUGUGUAUUGUAUAACACCAAUAUAUCAAAGUUACUUAAUAAAACAUCAUGACGUUAACACCUCGCUCUUUAACAUGACGACUAUGAAUUGAACUUUUAACCGUAUAACAACUGUUAGUAUUAGGCUUGAAUUUAUGUAUACAUGUACCUUCUUGGUAAUAAAUGCUGUGACAAACGCAAGAUGUACAGACAAAGUUUAGUGUUCGUUACAACAUUUACUACAGACAUAACCUUUGUUAUUUGUAUAGCGUUUAUACUGUUUGACAUAAAAUGACACGUGUGAUUCUAUCGACUAAUAAAAUAAGAUGCGAUGUGUAUCUGAAAUGAGAGAAAUUAUGCAGGUUGUCAGAAAGAAAGGGACCGUAAGACUAAAAUGUUCAAAACCUUUCCAAUUUUAAUAAAUCAUAAUGGUUGGCGAGAUUAAAAAUGGAUACCAUUUUAUUGGUUUGUCCGUUUUAUUAUGAUUUAAGGAAUCAAUAUUUGCAAACAUAUUAUUGUAUGUGGCCAAGUUUUCAUCAAUUCAAAUCUAUUAUUCAGCUCAAAGGAGUAAGCAUGUCAGUUUAACAAAAUAUAUUUACUUCGCAACGCUUGUAAGAAAUGAACAUGAUAAUGCAAUAAGAUGACUUCAUUUAUAAUAAUGUAAUUAAUGAAUGGUACACUAAAGAAAGUUAUUUGCCUGUUUGUAUGUAUAUAAUGCCUUAAAUAUUCUUAGUUGAUUGCUCAUUCCAUACAUGCCUUAUAUUAUGUUAUAUGUGUAUGAACCGCCACAUUGUUACCUGCAGUGAGCAAGUACAUAUUUUUGCCUAAUAAACUUUGACUUUGAAAUUCAAAUAACCUUUCUCAAUAAAGAUACUCUAAAUCACAUUUUCGAAUGAUUAUCUUCUUGAUAUACAACUCGAAUAAUGUUGAGCAACCUCAAAAGGACAAGCGUCCAAAACUAUGAAUAAAUAUUUUUAAUUUAGUAUUUACUUAGAUUCUUCAUUAGUUUCCUUUAGUCAUAAAUUCAAAUGCCCUUUUAAACAGUCUUUAUUUCAUACCUGAAAUAGUUAGGUCUAGUGUGCGUGUGUGUUUUGCAACAGCAAAGAAUAACGUAAAGAUAAGAUUUUGAUAGUGUUGUUUUGAUCACAUCUUUAAAAAGCAGUUUCGAAUCUCAACGCAUGCAAUUUUAAAAAGAUUUUAUUUCCGUUUUUAACACAUGAAUUGCGUUGUUCUUUUUCAUUAUAUACUAUUUAAACUUUAAGUUGAAGUGUAAUUGAUUUGUGUUUGCUUGUUUGCGUUUUGUCUUAUUUUAAUAACAUUUCUUUAAGAUACCAGUAAUAUUACACAGCAUAUGCUAUUUUUCGAUUCAAGUCAUACUACAAUAUACCAAGAAAAAUGUCUUUUUAUACAUUAUAUCUCCAUUAUACUAGAAUUCAUAUUGCCGUAUGGAUUAAUAGCUAAAGAAUGAGUUCUUGCUAACAAAUAUUUAAAGUUCUUUCUUUAUAAGCUUUGUGUCUUUUUUUUUUCUUAUAACCUUCUCUUAAAGUCAUAUGCUUGUAUUUGUCAAUUCAUAGAUCCAUUAUGUGAAAUUGUGUAAUAUUUCAUUAAACCUGGUUAUUUUACUGAACACAAUCGUACUGUAAUAAUGUCAGCUAUCAACAUCUAAAAAACGCAUUUUGGUUGAUUAUAAAAGUAAGACCUAGAAGUUUACAUAUUUUAUGGCAUUUUUGGGUAAUACUCUAACCAGGCAAAAGCGAUAAAUCUGCAAAACCAACAAAAAUAAACACGAAGUGACACAGUGAAAUAUUAAAACAUUGGUAA